GCUGUGGGGAUUGAGAGUGUGGAGAACGAGGCUUGAGUGAUUGCUACAGCGCAGGAUGGCCCUGCAGGGAUUGGAGAUAAUCGCGGUGGCAGUGGUUAUUGUACUCUUCAUCGGAGUUCUCAAACAGUUUGGGAUACUGGAGCCCAUGUCUAUGGAAGACAACAGCGAAAUUGAUUUGGAGCUAUCAAAUGCGAGACAUCAGCCGGAGGGUCUUGAGGAGCUACAAGCACAGACCAAAUUUACCAAGAAAGAACUCCAGUCACUUUACAGGGGCUUCAAAAGUGAGUGCCCCAGUGGGAUGGUGGAUGAAGAAACAUUUAAAGCCAUUUAUUCACAAUUCUUCCCCCAAGGAGAUGCUACGACUUACGCACAUUUCCUGUUCAAUGCAUUUGAUGCGGACAAAAGAGGAGCAAUCCGGUUCGAGGAUUUUGUCAUCGGGUUGUCUUUGUUACUACGUGGAACUGUAAAUGAAAAGCUUAACUGGGCCUUCAACCUGUAUGAUAUCAACAGUGAUGGUUACAUCACAAAGGAGGAAAUGUUGGCUAUCAUUAAAUCUAUCUACGAUAUGAUGGGCAGAUACACGUACCCCAUUAUGCACGAAGAUGUUCCGUUUGAACACGUGGAAAGGUUCUUCCAGAAAAUGGACAGGAAUCAGGAUGGAGUGGUGACCAUCGAUGAGUUCCUGGAGACCUGCCAAAAGGAUGAAAACAUUAUGAAAUCAAUGCAACUCUUUGAGAAUGUUAUUUAGUUUAUCCUACACUGAACAGGAGAGCCGUGGUCAGGAAACUGAUUAAAAAAAAUAUUGAUCGUCAAGACAUACAAUUUUUUUAUACAGUGAGAAUCCAGAGGAUUAAGAGUGUGGAAAUUAUCUAAGAACUUUUUUUAAUUUAAAAUCUCCAGUCCGCAGCAAGAAGCGAUGUAAAGUACCUCUGUUAUCUCAAAGCUCUUUCAGCACAGUCUGACGAGCCAAGGACUGUUCCAAUAGACUCGGAGAUAUUUUUCCAAUGGAAAAUGGAUUUGGGGAAUUAUAUUAUAAACCUCUUCACAUUCCUGAAAGCGGAAUCCGAUACAGACUGCAGAGCCAUCUCCCAAACUAAAAGGGAUGAGAUUGAAGAGGAGGGACAGUUCCACCUUAAAUCCUUUUGCCUUACCAAUGGACUAUUUUCUCAAGACACUGCCCUAUCUAUCACUGUGCUCACGGUUUACUGAGACAACCUUGAAGAUGUGUGGCUUUAAUUAUGAUGGUGUAUUGGCAAUUCUUGUCAGUCUUGCUCAUCUCACAGGACUUUAGCUACAAUCUCAACUAGAACCAACGAGCAACACUCAACAACAACAAAUUACAUUCACACGGCGCCUUUCAU